AUGGCCGAAUAUGUGGUAGCUGGGGCGAAUAGACACCCUGCCGCAGCAGACUGGCAUGGCGAGGUCUUAGCUUACGGGGCAGACAGGAAUAUUGCGAUAUGGAAUCCACAGGGAGGUCACCAUGGAGUGACAAGGUUACUUGUUGGCCAGACCGAUACGGUGAAUGUCGUGAAGUUCAUGGAAACCACGGCCGGCCUUCUACUUUUGUCAGGCUCUGUGGACAAAACGAUCAGAGUAUGGCGUGCAGCAGCCAGUGGAGGUGACUUCAAAUGCAUACAGAUCCUGGAGCAGCACGAAGGUUCCAUAAACUGCAUUGCCGUUUCCCCCAACUCAAACAUUGCUGCAAGCGGAUCUGCCGAUGCAACAUUCAAGAUCUGGGAGUUUGAUACUGAAACUCAAAACUUCGUGCUGGUACAGAGCAUCAGUACCAAACCUCGAUUCUUCUCGUUGGCACUCGCCCUAAGCCCGUUGAACGGAGUACCUGGCUCCUACAUCUUAGCAGUUGCCGGCACGAGCCCAAUAGUGCAACUCUACGUUGCUGACCCAGCGCCAAAAGCGAGCCCGGAGUUUAAGCUAAAAACAACAUUAACAGGCCACGAAGGAUGGAUUCGGUCACUGGCUUUCACAAACGAGACUGAUAAGCCUGAGAGCGAUCUUCUCCUGUCAUCUGCAAGCCAGGAUAAGUACAUACGAUUAUGGCGCAUCCAUAAAGGAAAAGAGCUGCCAGCAGUGGCGGCGGCGGGCGCAGACCCUGCAGCUGGUGCAUUUCUUCCAGGGAAGUCGCUUUCAAACAAGGCCCACAAGUUUGUGGCAGGGAGUGAAGACUACAGUGCAACCUUUGAGGCUUUGCUCCUAGGACACGAAGAUUGGAUCUAUAGCACUGCCUGGAAGCGAAGAGAAAGCAUCUUACAGCUCCUGUCUGCUUCAGCGGACAACUCAUUGUCAAUCUGGGAACAGGACCCGAGUUCAAGCGUUUGGGUGAGCGUUACCAGACUCGGCGAGAUCAGCGCGCAGAAGGGCUCAACGACAGCUACUGGUAGCACUGGUGGAUUCUGGAAUGGUCUUUGGUCGCCAAAUGGGGAUACGGUUGUCUGCCUAGGCAAGACCGGGAGUUGGCGACUGUGGAAUCGGAACCCGGAGAGCGAUCAAUGGAUGCCCAAUUUCGGCGUGGGAGGUCAUAUCCGCUCCGUCACUGGCAUCGCCUGGUCAAGACGUGGAGACUACCUCCUCUCGACUAGCUCAGAUCAGACCACAAGGCUUCAUGCGAAAUGGAUUCGUGGUGGAGGAGAACCUACAUGGCACGAAAUGGCCAGGCCGCAGAUUCACGGUUAUGACUUGAACUGCAUCGAUAGUCUAGGAGAAAGCCAAUUUGUUUGCGGGGCCGACGAGAAACUCCUGCGUGUCUUCAGCGAGCCGUGCGCUGUGGCGAAGCUCCUCCAAGACCUCUGUGGCAUCGAGGGUGACAACGUGCAAGCUAUGCCAGACGCCGCAAAUAUGCCUGUCCUGGGUCUCUCCAACAAAGCCAUAGAAGCGAUGGACGAUGGCCAGGAAAUGGAAAAACCGUCAGAGCAUGACCGAGAAGGUCUCCACCCCGCGACUGCCGUGCACAAGUCCACGCUUGUUAUGAACCACCCGCCCCUCGAGGACCACUUGUCACGGAACACGCUGUGGCCUGAGAUCGAAAAGCUAUACGGCCACGGUUAUGAGAUUUCUGCUCUUGCUGCUAGCCACGACGGGUCUCUUGUCGCCACGGCGUGUAAAGCCAGUUCGCUGGACCAUGCAGUUAUCCGCCUCUUCGACACGAAGACGUGGAACCAAGUCAGCCCUCCGCUCACGGCACACUCUCUGACCGUGGCGCGUCUCCGUUUCUCGGCGGAUGAUAAGCUGCUUCUCAGUGUCGGCCGUGAUCGUCAAUGGGCUAUAUUCGAGCGCGCCUCGGAAGGCGGAAACGAAUAUAAGUUAUUAUACGCAGAUCCAAAGGGGCAUUCGAGGAUGAUUCUGGAUGCGGCGUGGGCACCUGGCCCGGAAUACAUAUUCGCGACAGCGGGGAGAGACAAGCAGGUUAAGCUCUGGGCGAAGGGGGGAGAAGGUAGUGCCGAGGGUGGUUACGCGCACGUUUCAAGUAUCAAAGAAGAUGGCCCUGUCACAGCCAUAGACUUCGCAGGUGCACUUUUGCAAGAUAACCGUGCAUGGCUCGCAGUUGGCACUGAGGCUGGAAGACUUGUUUUAUACCUAAUAAGCCUAACGGAUCCAACGGUAAUGAAGAAGGUCGAUGUGGACGCAAGUCUAUGUCCCGCUAAGGCAAUAACGCAACUCUCGUGGAAGCCCAUAAGCGAAACUACAAAUGUCAAGGAGGAGGAAUUCGAAUUGGCAGUGGUGAGCGAGGACUGUUCACUGAGAGUCUUGUCGUUGGGAAGGUUGUUAUCGGCGUCGCCUUGA